GAUGGGUAGGCGGCCUGGCUGUUUCCGGGGUGACGGCUCCGCUCCCGGCGUCUGAGCCAGAGGACCCGGGCAGUGGGUGAGCGGUGAACGGGCGUUGGGAUCUCUCACUCUCCCGUCGUUUGAAGAUGGAGUUUCGGCUGUAGCAGGAGGAGGAGCGGCAGCUACGGCGGAGGCGGGCGGCUCGCCUCGCCCUCCCGUCCAGAACCCAUAGGAAGGAAAUAGCAUUAUGUAUGCUUCAACCAAGUACAGCAGUCGGGGCCCUACCCUUAUUCCCAGGAUGAAAACUAAACACCGAAUUUACUACAUUGCCCUGUUUUCUGUUGUGCUUCUUGGACUGAUCGCCACAGGAAUGUUUCAGUUCUGGCCACAUACAAUUGAAGCCACCAAUGAGUGGACAUUUGAAAAACGCAGUAUCCAUGAUGUUCCAGAAGUCAAGCUAGCUGAAGACAGUCCAAUUCCUGAAAGAGGGGAUUUGAGCUGUAGAAUGCACACUUGCUUUGAUGUUUACCGUUGUGGGUAUAACCCCAAGAACAGAAUAAAAGUCUACAUCUAUCCACUGAAAAAAUAUGUUGAUGAGUAUGGCACUGUGCUCAGCAACACCAUCUCCAAAGAGUAUAAUGAAUUGUUGACUGCCAUUUCAGAAAGUGACUUCUACACAGAUGAUCUAAACAGGGCAUGUUUGUUCAUUCCGUCCAUUGAUGUGCUUAAUCAGAAUAACCUCAGGAUAAAAGAAACUGCACAGGCAUUGGCUCAGCUAAUCAGAUGGAAUAGAGGGACAAACCAUUUGUUGUUUAAUAUGCUCCCAGGAGGCCCUCCUGAUUAUAACACCGCACUCGACGUUCCACGUGACAGAGCCCUUCUUGCAGGUGGAGGCUUUUCCACAUGGACAUAUCGGCAGGGUUAUGAUGUUAGCAUUCCAGUUUUUAGUCCGUUAUCAACAGAUGUCAACUUACCUGUGAAGCAACCUGGAUAUAGAACGUAUUUUAUCUUGUCAACACAAACUGCUAUCCAUCCAGAAUAUCGCACUGAAUUGGAGGCCAUAGAAGCAGAACAUGGAGAUGCUCUGCUAAUCCUAGACAAAUGUACCAAUUUGUCAGAAGGUGUACCUUCUACAAGAAAACGUUGUCACAAAAAUCAAAUCUUUGAUUACCCACAGAUUCUACAGGAAGCCAUGUUUUGUAUUGUAUUGCGUGGAGCACGCCUUGGGCAAGCUAUCCUAAGUGAUGUCCUUCAAGCAGGCUGCGUUCCUGUAAUUGUUGGCGAUUCUUACAUCCUCCCAUUUUCAGAAGUACUGGAUUGGAAAAGAGCCUCUGUGGUCAUACCUGAAGACAAGCUUUCAGAAAUAUACAGUAUUUUAAAGACUAUCCCUCAGCAACAAAUUGAAGACAUGCAGAAACGGGCAAGGUGGUUCUGGGAAGCUUACUUCAAGUCAAUGAAAGCCAUUGCACUUGCUACUCUGCAAAUUAUCAAUGACAGAAUCUAUCCAUAUGCUGCCAAGUCAUACGAGGAUUGGAAUGAUCCAACUGUUGUGAAAGUGGUGAGUGUGAACAAUCCCCUCUUCCUCCCACUCAUUCCACCUCGAUCGCAAGGCUUCACCGCUGUCGUUCUCACGUAUGACCGUGUUGAAAGUCUAUUCCGAGUGAUCACAGAAAUUUCUAAGGUGCCCAGCCUUUCCAAAUUGCUAGUUGUGUGGAACAAUCAGAAUAAGAGCCCCCCUGAAGAGUCACUGUGGCCCAAGAUCGGAGUACCUCUCAAAGUUGUAAGAACCAAAGAAAACAAACUGAGUAAUAGGUUCUUUCCUUAUGAUGAGAUUGAAACUGAAGCUGUCCUGGCAAUUGAUGAUGAUAUCAUCAUGUUGACUUCGGAUGAAUUGCAGUUUGGCUACGAGGUGUGGCGUGAAUUUCCUGACAGGUUGGUGGGAUACCCAGGGCGACUUCAUUUGUGGGACCACGAUACUAAUAAAUGGAAGUAUGAAUCCGAAUGGACGAAUGAGGUCUCAAUGGUAUUAACUGGAGCAGCUUUCUAUCAUAAGUAUUUUAAUUACUUAUAUACCUACAAGAUGCCAGGCGAUAUUAAAAAUUGGGUGGAUGCUCAUAUGAACUGUGAGGAUAUUGCUAUGAACUUCUUAGUAGCUAACAUGACUGGAAAAGCUCCUAUUAAGGUGACCCCACGUAAAAAGUUCAAGUGCCCGGAGUGCACAGCAAUUGAUGGACUGUCACUGGACCAAACCCAUAUGGUUGAACGGUCAGAAUGCAUCAAUAAAUUUGCAUCUGUAUUUGGGAUCAUGCCACUGAAGGUGGUGGAACAUCGAGCUGACCCAGUCUUGUACAAGGAUGACUUCCCGGAGAAGUUGAAGAGUUUCCCCAACAUUGGCAGUUUAUGAAAUGCUGGCAUUCAAAAUUGUGACCCUUUUGAGGACACCAUCCUUAUGCUGUAAGAUGUAGGUUCAGCAAGGACCAAUCACUGCAUGAUUUCAAACCAUUGUCAGGAAUUCGCAGUCUUCUCUUGCCUCUUCACUAAACAUUAUAACUUUAAGGGAUGCAAAGCCGAGAACAAUGUGACUUUUUUUAGUGUGACUGUUACCAAAUUGUAAUAUCCUGUCAUCACAGAAAAUUAUUUUCUUUUUCAAACAAAAAUGUAUUGUGUGUUAUGAAGACUAUUGAAGAUCCAAACUCAAACACAACUCUUCACAAUGACAAUAUAUGAAAAUCCUCCUCUCUCGUUGGAUUCAACAUCAAAAGGAUUUGUGAACAAUUAUGUUUCCAAACUUGCCAAAGUUUGACCAUGUACUGACUGCUCCAUUUGCAAUGUGCCUACAGUAAUAAUACUGCAUGUUUGCUGUGACAUUGUUUGACCUAAUUGGUUAUUCCUUGGUAUAGCAUUCAAUACUAUUUCAAGUGCACGUACUUGCAGAUGGAAAACAAUGAAAUAUUUUCAAUCUACACUGCCAAUAUUGAAAAUUGUAAUUGCAGCAUUCUGCUACAAGUAGUCUCCUCAUAAGUUACAUUAAUUGUUGCUGAUGAUAAUCCCUUACUUUUGAUGGCUAUUUUUUAUUUUCUCAUGGUAGCAAUAUGCAGUAAUAGUUUUGAGUGUUUUAUUAGGGGUGCUGAGGUGAUAUAUUUUACAUAAUGUAUUUAACCUAUAUUAGGUAGGUAACUCAAUGAUUGCUGUCUUGUUAAAAAGAGGAGUUUCAGCUCUCCAGUGUUUCAAUGAGUCACAUCCUGUAGAGUGCGCUUGGGAGAUGGGCAAACUAUGUUGCUAUCAAAAUGGAGGUUGGGGAUUUGGUGGAUGGGAUCAACAAGGGAUGUCCAGAAAGAGUUCUUAAAAGUUCUGAAAUUAUGAGUAUGCGUUCUGCUUCUCCCAGUCAGAUUGUGUGUUGUAAUGUACAAGCAUUGAACAUUGAUUGAGUAGGGACCAUGAUUAAUUGAUUAUUGUUUAUUGCCUACUUGCCACCUGCAACUCCCUUCCCACCCGCUUCCAUAAUCCAAACCAAUUAAUGUACCAGUGUUUGAGAGUUGCUGGGAGACUGGUUUCAUCAAUGCAAUCAUAGUUAGGGAAGAAUCGUCACCCUGAGAUGGGAGAAAAAAAUCAUUUAAAAAUUAGAAUCAAGUUUUGCUGACUGACUUAGAUACAGUAAAGGUGUUCUGAUAUUUUACAAAAUGAAAGUCCUGGGAUUCUCAAAGCAUAGGCUUUGCACAGCUGGCUACAAGUCAAAGGUAAAAGUGUUUACGAUUCACUAGACUGCUUGGAAAAUGUGUCUAUAGCAUAUCUCCCAGACUGCUGAGGUAAGUAAGUACGUCAGCUAGUUUUGCAUUUGGCAUUUAGGAAAUUGCAUGAAGCCUGUUCUAUAGGAAGCCCCUGUAUGUAUGAAAACACCUUAACAAAAUUUAAGAUACUGACAAUAUCGUAUCGUACUACACAGUCAAAUGAAGAGUUUUAUCAAAUUCAAAAGAUACAUUGGACAUCUUCCUGAGAUAAUACAGCAAUUUUAAAUUCGUGAAGGUUUUUGCACAUUUUUUUAAAAUUAAUGUUUUCUUCCAAAGAGCUGCCUAUUGAACAGCACUGUGGUUAUAAUGUUUGUUUUUUUUAUUGAUGACCAUUAUAGAUAUCAUUGUUAGAAACCAAGAAUGUUCAUGAUUUAUAGAGCCAUUUAUACUGUGUAAUAUUUUCCAGCAGCUGCUUUAUUCCAUCUUAACACUGCAAAAUCCGACUAUUAAUUGGCUAAUCCCAGGAGUGUAUUCUGCGGUAGUUUCUGAGAUGAAGUCCAGCACAGGAAGCCAAGAAGGGUGUGAGUUUCAUUUGUUUUGCUUCAAAGUUGUCACAUAAUAUCAGGGUAUGUUGUACUCCCUUCACAGGACAGGUUAGGACAAAAUAUUUCUGAGACAAUUAAUAGGUAUAACUCACUGAAACAUGCUAUGAGUACCAUGCAUUGCAGGGAUCAAAAUGCUGGAAUCAGACUGGGGCUCAACUUCUGAUGUUUUUAUACCAGCUGUGUGAAUUGUUAUUCCUACAUUACACUUCUAUUGGCAGUUGUCGGUAUUUUCAUAUUUUCCCACCAUUAGUGAUCAAUAAUACAGGUAACUGCAUAACUAUGUAGUGAUGGUGUAUUGAAUGUUGGACAGCAACAGUAUGGAAGAAAAUACUUGUAGAGUUUAAAGCAGCUACGAUUUGCUAUUAAGAGUUUUUAGUAAACCUUCAGCACUGCUUGAAUUUUUCUAACAUAAAAAGAAUUUAGAUUUAUGCACCUCUCAUAUUGACACUAGAAUACUUUGAAAAAUAAUUCUUCUAAGUACAGCUACUUGUGUUGGAAAAUACAACUGCUAUUCCACGCAGGAACGUUCCAUCUGUUUUUAGGUGGCAGUGGUUGAGACAGAAAUGUUGGCUCAGCGACAUAAAUAUUUACAAAGUUGCUGACACUGUUUACAAGUUCUAUGAUUACAAAACUAAUUGCAUUUAUGGGAAUUUGUUCCAGAAUUGUAACAAAAAUGGACCUCUUGUCAAACCAAAUAGUAAGAAUCUGUUUUUAAUGUCCUUUUAUUCUGCUGCAACUCAUUGAAAUCAUGCUAUAAACUUAAUUGCUACAAUUACUCUUCUCUAAAUUGAAGAACAGUGGUUAUUUGUCAAUUACAUUUUGAAAAGCCUGGGUUUCAUACCAUGGUUUAAGCACUUUAACUCCCUUGUUGAUCAGAAUCUAUAUGAGGAGGUGGUUGAAUUGCCAUUAGAUUGAACUGCUUUGUGUGGAAAUUCACAACCCCUUAUGCAUAUAUUCUAUGCAGUGCAAUUGGUCAACUUGUAAAACUUCCCCUGAUAAGUCAGUGGGCUAUGAUCUGGUAAGGUACAAAGGCACCUAAAUCAAAUGGUUUCAGUUUUGAUUUGUGUUGUGUACCAAACUACCCUGUAGCUGACUAAGCCAACUGAGUACCUUUGAUGUUGUAGUUGUCUAGGUGGGGGAAAGGAACAAUUAUCCAUCUUAUCUCAUUCCUAUUAAUUGAUUUCUAUUGAAAACUGAAUUUACAGAUCUCCCCCACCCAGUUGCUGUGGUCUGCUGACAUUUGUUGUCCAUGUUCAUGAUUGCCUACUGACCAUUAUAACAAAAGACUUUUUGCAGUCAUCUCUAGGGUGGGGAUGAUCGGGCUUUUUUUUCAAAAGGUUGAUCUAAUGAUCUAAUCAAAAAUCCUAUGUUUUGGAUUUGUAUGGAAUCCAAGAGUCCUAUAAAAAUCAGAUGAUGAAUACGCUUUGCAGCAGAAAGCAUCGAGCACACUAUACAAAUAUGGCUGUAAAAUGUAUUUGAACACUACAACUGUUAAAUGAACAAAUGUUUUUCAUAAUUUAUUUUAUCUAAAAUUUGCAGGUUUUUCUUAGGUGCUGGCACACAACUUGGAACAAGUUAUCUCUGCCUUCCUACUUCAUCAGACAUUCCCUUUAGUUCUCUCGUUCCACCAUCCCUUUUCUCCAAAUCUUUCCACUGCUGAGGAUCCAAAGUGAGGCCAUUAACUUGAAAUAUUAAUUCUGUUUCAUGCUCCAUAGAUGCUGCCUACACUUCUGAGUAUUUCAAUCAUAUUCUGCCUUUAGUUUGGGACAAAAAGGCAUUACGUUAAACUAUUAAAGAUCAAAUAUAGCAUUGUUAUUAGAAUGUUUUCAAUGCAGAAUGGUUAACAAGUGGAAUGACUUCUCAAUAAGAUAGUUAUGAUAGGGAAUAAGGUAAGUUUUCCGCUGGAUGGCUGGGUGAGAUGAAAUUGGUCAAAUAGUUGUAACUGAGCUGUUCUGAAAAAAAUCAUAUCAGACUUAAGUCAUUGAUUCUAUAUUGUUCCCUGCACAGAUGCUGCCAAACCUGCUCAAUGUCUCCAUACCUUCUGUUUUCAGUUCAUAUUUCUAGCAUCAGCAGUAUUUGCUUUUAUUAGAUUUAGUCAUUUCAAUUAAUUUCAGGGAAAGUUGAAUGGAUAUAUGAAACAAUUGAACCACAAUGAAUCUUAAAAUUGUAUUUCAGAUUUCACAAAGCAUUGCCAUUGAUACUUUUCUGCAAUCCUUGCACUAAAAUGGCAAAAUCUCUUACCUAUAUGUGAUCUCUUAUCAACUUCUAACUGUAUUUUUCUUAUUUUUUGGUUUAAUGUUAUUGUACUUUAUUUGCAAAUGUUAUCUAAUUAUUGCAUACUGGUGUGUAUUUUAUAACUGGACAGUACUGUUAAAUGGAAGUCAUUGGGUGGCCACUGAAAGUCAUUUAUCAAGUAAAUUAACUUUAUAUCACA